AUGAUGCCCUUGUACUCCGGGCGGAGGGACGGAGGGGCGGCGCGCGGACGGUGCAGCUUCCAGCGCCGGAUCCCCUCCUAUCCUGCAGCCGCCUCGCUCCUGCGGCCGCGCGAUCCGGCCCGGGGCGCCUCCUGCACUUCCUGCGCUGUCUGGCGGGAGGGCGGCGGCUGCGGCCCCGCAGUGGCGGUCAUCCCCAUUUCACAGAGAAGGACCGAGUCCUGGAAAGGAAGGCGCUCGCCAGGGUGCACACGGCUGAGCCUUGACUCCCAGCCUGGCCUUUCCUUGCUCCGCCUGCUGGGAACGAGUGUGAAGGAGAGGCCUGUUGCCAAAGGCUUCCGUGUGAACAUCCACACUGGGCUUUGGAUCAGCUUCUACUGGCGUCCCCUCACUGACCCCAGGCCUCGGAGCGUGGGCCGGGCACCUGUGUGCCAGCCAGAGGCACUGACCGUCUUCCCUCCCAGGACCUGCCUCCCUGGGCCGGGCAGCCCUGAGAUCCCGUUGCAGGGCCCCCUCCCUAAUCCCGAAGGACACCUGCUUCUGGUCAGCCGCCUCCAGCUCCCCAGGCCAACAGCCUCCAUCGGGGCUCACCUGGAGCCUUCCCAUCUCCACUCUGAAGCUUCCCAGCCCCUUGCCUGCCUUGGAGGCUCUGCCAGGCAGGCCAUGGCGGCCGGCUCUCUUGCUACAGCAAGCUCUGACCUUUUUCUUCCGUCUUUUAUGCGAGGAACCGGCCGCAGGAAGACAAAGUCCACUUGUCAGCAAUAUUCUGGGCCCUUGGAAGAAGAUGCUGCUGGGAGAUGGUCGAAGGCCCGCAGUGUUGACUCCGAAGCAAGGCUGUUGACCGCGUCCGCUCCCCAUUGUCUGCAUCAUCGUCUGCGCUCCACAUCCUGUCAGAUCAGCGGCAGCGUGAGAUUCUCAUGGGAGCGUGAGCCCUAUUGUGAACUGUGCGUGAGGGAUCUAGGCUGCUCGCUCCUCAUGAGAAUCUAAUGCCUGA